AUGUCAGAGACCACUCGCUCCAUUCAGCCUCUGACAGCUACUCAGCGUGCCCUCUCGCUCGCUGAGAUCGUGGGGCUUAUCAUCAGCUGCAUGCCUCGAAACGGACCCGGAUGGGGACACGACUUACUCUCAUGUGCUCUAGUAAACAAGCUCUGGCUCGAGGAUUCGCUAUCAAUGAUGUGGAGAUCCAUUCACAACGAUCAUCGCCCCCUGGAUGAUGGUUACGAGAACCCCGGGAUCGACAUCACAUUCCUGGAGAUCCGUUACGAUCGCCGGCAAUUCUAUGCCAACUUCGUGUGUUGCGCAAUGAUCAAUCUUCUUGAUGAUUCAUGGGAGGGGGAAGACCCGUGGGCAGAAGGGGGAGAAUUUGAGGGCCUCGUAUUUCCAAAGAUGACCGUGCUUCAUGUUAUGUUGACAGACAUCGACGGAAUGCUUGCUACCGGCUCAAACACGUGCGAUGGGGAGGCAUUACUUCCCUCUUUGAACUGUCCCAACCUUCACACGAUGAGCUUCGAAAUGAAUGACACGAACCUGGUGUCAUAUGAAGUGGCUGCAGACACGUGGGAGAGCAUUUUCUGGGAUCUUCCGACAAAGUUUCCCAGCCUCCAACAUCUGGAUAUCAAUGGCCACGCACACAUCUUUCCCAAUGCAUUACGACGACUGCAAAAGCGCCACCCCAACCUGCAGGGCCUUGAAUACCUGGACAUGCAUGAGAUCCGCCGUUUCUUGUCAGAGUCCGAGCUCGCUGAACUUGAUCCGAUUGGGGUGAUCCAUGAUCUAAUGGAUAACGAAGACAUGGACUUAGAUGAUGAUCCCGACUCGGGCGAAGAAUUCACCGAAGAACUGUGGGAGGAUGACGACGCAGAGUAUGGCAAUGGAGAUGACGAGGAUUAUGUGGAGUGA